AUGGAGCAGCUCGUCAAUUUCAUCAUAAGGCCGCCAAGGUGAGAGGAGGAAGCAAGCCGCCCGCCUUGGCUCCCUCUCUAUUUCUUUUGCCGUUCCUUUUUUCCGCAUGCCCUAGAUGUUCUUGAGGAUUCCGUGUCUGUGCAGGCGGGGUUCUGCUUUGGUUGGUUUUGGCUGAACAAGGACGGUUGCUUUUAAAUGAUGUUUCGUUCGUUUCUUUCGUUCGUUUUAAGGCGAAUUCGAAGAUAACUUCGCGGUUUGCUGACGCUUGCGACGGUGUUCCGCUGCUUUUUUAAUUUUUCCUUUGUCGUGAACGGGAGGCGAGUUUUUAUAUGAUUAGUGAUCAAUAAUAGAAUAAUUCUUUCAACUGCGGGGUCUGUUUCCUUCCUCUCCGAAAGGAAGAUCAUUCAGAGUUGGGUUUUCAUGGGGACUGGUAUGCAUGGUUGGUAGGCUCUGGAGCAGCUGUAAGUCGAUUUAAAAUCUUUUUCUUUCAAUUUCGGUGUUUUUCUAAUCCACUUUUGUGCGGUCUUAGCGCAUGCAUGAAUGAUGAAUAAACGCAUGGGCUGUUCUGAUACUAAAGAGGGUUCAAUGUUGGUGAUAGCGACGAUGGUGUUUUCAGAUACAUUUAAUGCUUAUGAGAUUGGUCUCAGAAAUUGUGUUUUAUGUUAGUAGUCUGACUUAUAAUUUUAUGUUGUUUCAGAGCUGAUUAUUGCCCCAAAAACGACUUGCUAGAAGACGAAUUCACACUGAAGGGUAGACGGUUCCAGAGAAAAGAUUUGCAGGUACCCUUCAUUUCUCUUUAGAACGAGAAAUUGUUUACAGUUGCUUGGUGGCCAUUUUGGAAUGAUCAGUAUAUUGCCCUUAGCUUCCUGGUUACCAGUAUUAAGUGGGUAAUUUAUCUAGAGGACAACUUUUUCAUAUUUUUAUAUGGACCGUUGAAGAACCGUCUAUUCCAUUGAUCUGGUUUCAUUUGUUUGGAAGCAAGGCCGUUUUGUAUUUUAUUUUGUGAUGGCAUAAUCACGAGUCUUUUCAGAUGAUGAGUAUCAUUGUUGGGCUUUCCGAGGACCUGUCUGGUGUGUCACACUGUAAUCUAGGCUGGGGUUGAACCUUAACAAAAAAAAAGUAAUUAAAUACGUACCAGUAACUUUGUAGUCGGGCUCUAAGCGUUUAUGAACCCCAAUCCUCUCUGCUUAUCAUGCUCUUCCUGUUUCUCUCCCCUGGCACUUGCAAAAGCGUCUCUACAGCAUUAUAAAUAUUUUCCACAAUCUCUCUAAUCUUGUAGAUAGUUUCCCAUCUAGUGGGAUGGGUAGUGAGUGCGUGUGGCCUGGUGCAUGUUUUGUUGGAAAUACAGAGUGAGGCCUUCAUUUGGUGCAUGCACUGUCAUGACUGGAUGUGUUGCCUGACUUAAUCCACUGGCAUGGUUUAUACUGUUUCUCUGGGAAGAAUGAUUUUCGUUGAUAAAUGAAGUAUUUUUUGUCAACUAGUUCAAAGUUCAGUAUCAAACGUGAAAAUUUGUUGGUAAGUUUGGCGAUUGUCAUAGUCAAAUUUUUGGUACAGGUGUAGAGAAAUCAUCAUAUUAAGUGAGGGAUGCUUUCUGUGGCUGAAGAAAUUGAAAUAAUGAUGAGUGCUGUAUCCAGACAGGUUGCCAUGGGUGGUGGUUCGGAUGGUCUGGGUGUGUGAUGAUAUUCUUCUGAUGCAAAUAUUGACAGGUUGCUUUAGCCAGGUGCCAUUCCACUUCUAAUAUUUAUGUAGCCUAUAGCAGCCAGCCCUGGUAUUUAAUGGGAACAAGGAGUUUCUCUCCAUAAAGUAAUGCCAACGACUCCUCUCUGUUUCUGUCAUACCUACUUCUGUUUUAAUCAGAAAACUUAAUGCGUUAACCUCUCAUUGUUCCUUAGAAAUUUUCACUUCCUUGAUCAAACCUGGCACUAUUUCUUUUGCCCAUGUCAAGUUACGGGAGUGUUCUAGCAGGAGUUGUAGCAGUGGUGAUGUUCUCUCUGGCUCAUUUAUCUAAUAAUAUCAAACCAUUAAGAUGAUUCCCCAUUGAUAAGAGUAAAACAUGCAGAUAAAAAUGCAAACCAAAAAUUGAGUUAAUCCAUUCAUGCUAAUAGACAAACAAAAAUGUCCUUCUAAUGCCGUCCCAAUUAAUAUUUCUUUAAAAAAAUGGAAGACACUGAUUGUGCAUACGCUAAUCAGUCUUUUUUUCCUCUUACAAACGCUACUGAUUAUCUAAUUUUGAUUUUAUUUAUAAUAGGUUAAAAAUAUCCGCGGGAAUGUGCUCCAAUGUAGUCACUAUCUUCCCCUCUCUAUUCCAGAAGGGGAGGCACUUCCCUGUGUAAUAUACUGCCAUGGAAACAGGUAAUUAUAAAUUUCCAUAUCUUACAUAUUCAGACUAUGCUUUUAUGUUGAAUGCUCGUUGUCUCAUAUUUUAUGCUUUUUUAUACAUUUUUUUAGGAUAGAUGGUUGUGAGCAUUGGUUGUUUACUUUCUAAAGAUAGUCGUUACUUUUUGGACAACUUGUACCACCCGGUAACGAAGUCCCUCAUGUUUUGAAUUGUAGUUAAAUUUUAAUUCCUUUUCAUAAAAGAUAGUCCGAGACAGAUGGCGUGAGGGGACUGACAUCUGCCAUAAAUAAUUUUGUUGUGGAGUAAUGAUGGAGAGAAUGCAUAUUGGGUUGAUUACUACCAAAUGGAUAAGCCGUGAUGGCCUUGGAGGUGGUGUUGUGGGAGGAAUCAGUAAAGAAUGGGACAUUGAAGCAUAAGAAAAUUUCGGGAGUGAACAUAAUUAAAGAGUCAAAGGUUAUGGAUCAAAUACUAUUCUGACAAUUUGGAUUGUCUGAAUCCGGCUAACUUGAUCUGCCCUAGAUGAAAAGUCAAGAAUCGGUCCUAAGUUGCAUAUUGGAGUUGCAAUGUUGUUCUUCUGCUGGUUACUUUUUAUUUUCUUGACUCCAUUUUGAUUUCUAUUUGGGGUUAAUGAGUACAUUUUUUUUCUUAGGCGUUAGUAAUGGUUUUGAUUUACGGUCUUGAUUUAUUAGAUGAGUUUAAUAAUUUUAAAAAUAUUUUAAAUAUUAAUACUUUUCCUGAAGGAUAUACCGAGGCUUUAGAAUGGGAAAGAUGGAAAUGUCCUUCUUGAUUCCGGUUAUGUAAUGGUUGUGAAAGGAGAGUUUAUUCAUACAUGACUGAGACUGACUAAAGGGUUUAUUCAUGUCUUCCAGAGGUAAGUUAUAUUGGUCAAUUAGCAGAACUGGCUUCACAUCAACAAAAGUCUGGUUGUGCCCUAUUUGAACCACAAGUGGAACUGGACCAUGCUUAGUCUGCUUCCAGAAUUUGUUUGCUUUUAAAUUCUUUUGACGAUCAUCACUUCCCUUUGAUAUUUUCUUUCCUCAUAGACCAGACGAAAGGGAUUCCCUCAUUUAUCCUGAGGGAUAAAUGCUAAGAAGGGAUCUUCACUAGAAAUACUGCACUGCAUUUUUUAAGAAUGAUUAGCUUUUUGAUAAACCAAUACUGGUUAUUCUUGAAAAUCUUUUACCGGCAAGCCUGGUUUUGUGUCUUUACCUGCUUAUGGUUCUGAGAAAUAGCAGAUACUUGUAAAGGAUAUUCUUGCAGCCUAGUAACUGAGCCAUCUUAUGAAUCAUUCGAGGUUCUAGCCUGCUCUAACAUUUUCAAUAUUCUUUAGAAGACUCCAAUCCUUCAUGUCUUCUUGUAGGGUAUGCUGUAAACCAAAGUUGCAGAUGGUUUCAAAUGGAUCCUGUUGAUGUAUAUGUAGUUCAUGCACUUCAUGGCUUAUGUUGAUUAGAUUACUUUAAGGCUGUUACAUUCAUGCGAUAACUGACCAUCCCCUUGUAUGAAGCAUGCUUUCUGAGGACUAAUAUAUGUUGCUUUUUGCAGUGGCUGCAGGGCAGAUGCUAGUGAAGCUGCUGUUAUCUUACUGCCAUCAAAUAUUACUGUAUUCACGCUUGACUUUUCUGGAUCUGGUCUUUCAGAAGGAGAGCACGUUACAUUAGGGUGGAAUGAAGUAAGUGUCUCUUGGUGAUGCAUCUCUAGUUUCAGAAGAAAUUAAUGAAGCACAUGAACAUGGUUAAUGCUAUUAAUCUCAAGGUGGAAAUUUAGGAAAAGUUUAUUCCAAGUCGGAUAAAGGGACAAGGUUCUAAGUCUUUGGGAUAGUUAUAGUUUUAAGUAGCUGUAAAUUAUGUUUAGGUAGCCAGGUCCCUAAAAAGAUUAAAGUACUUAGCUACAUGACCUUUCUAAGGUCAGAAAAUGGGGAAAUUCAUGGAGGAAAGUGAUGCAAAUAAGGUGUUUCAGUAGAUAGGGGAGUGGAACUGAUCGCCAUCUCAUUUUUAAUGGAAUGCCAGCAAAUUCAAGUAGAUUUUAUUUGUGCCAUUGAUGAGGGGAAUAAUAUUGUUGUCAUACCUGUGUCUUAUGGCUUGACAGGUGAAGCAAAUGUUGCAUAUUCAACCAAUCAGAAGCUGAAAUACUGAGGGGUGGUUAUAUAACACCUCUGGGUUACCAGAAUUGAUGCUUAAAUGCUUGAAUACAAAAAAUGAAAGCAUGAAAAGCUGUGUUGUCACUUAGUUGUGUAUAGGCCCUUGAGGGAACAUGAAAGGAAAUAUCUGAUCGACUAAAAAUGUCUGGUGUGAACUGAUCUUGUUCCAAGUAUGGUAGCCCAAUUUGGAUGAAUCUUGCUGCCUAUUCCUAAUCAUUACAUGGGAAAAUUUGUUUACACUUUGUGUGUUUUUUAUUUGGCUUUAUAAAUAUUAAUGAUCCAUAAACAAAGCAUCACAGGAACUGAAAAUCACUGGUGAGUUAGUAGACUGUCAUCUAAAGUUUAGCCAAUGGAUGUCCUGCAAACAUGGUGUAGCAUAUCAGUCUGGUUACGUCUCUUUUAACAUUACUCAUGUGCGGCAAUACAGGGUAGUCCAGUUAACUGGACCAGCUAACAUUACUCACAAUCCAUAAGGUUCGAGCUUAAUGAAUUCUGUGCUGCAAUUAUUAAGUCAUAGCUUUUCGUUUACAUGGCUGAGAGCAUGAUUACCAGCAUGAAUCCAUGUGACUAGGGUAAAAGUCUUCUCUUGUUCGCCACCUUAUCAAGAGUGAACAUUUACCAAAAGCUGAUAAAAAUUAAGAGGAUAGAGCGUUACUUUUAAAGGAAGAAAUAAGAUGGAUGCAAGGUAGAGAAAUGACAGCUCAUGACGUUCAAGCAGAGGAGCCUAAGCAUCUACUAUGUCAACAUGUGGGGCCAGGGGACUGAAGACAAGUAGUUUUGAGAUGUAUUAAUUCAUUCCUUCAGAAUCCUAUUUUCGAAAGAGGAAGUUUUAGUGACCAUUUAAAUAGGGAAUGACGUUGAACAGAAUUUGAAGUGGAUUUCUAACAGAAAGAAAUUAAUUGCACUAUCCAUCUUCAAAAUGCCUGGAGCUGCAGACAGUCAAAAUUAAUUUUGAAAAGUAUAUGGUUCAAUGUGCUGUGCUUAUUUAUAUAGUACUCUUAGUGUCAUAAGAAAACUUAUGAAGAAGGGAAAAGUUGGUGGUUUUAUUGAGGGAAUCUAGUUUCAUGCAGAGAAUUUCGGGUACACUCACCCGAAAUUCAUGCAGAGAAUUUCUCAACCCUUUUUUUCUUGGGGGCUUAUGGAUUUGUUACCCAGGGAGUCCGUUCGUCCUAGUCUCCUUAUAUUUAAAGGAGUGUCUCUUCUUGUGGAUCGUAAUUUUCAUUUAUCACAGUUGACUCAGCGCGGGCAUGGGCAUGGACUUGAGGUAUUGAAACCAUGUAAAAAUUGUGUUCAUUUGUGUGUGAGAUCGUCCCUUAUUUUUUCUCUUCAUUAUGGGAGGAUUUUGUUCCCUGUGACUUCUGCAAUAUUUCAAUGACACAUAGUUGAUUGAGACAACGUAAUAGUUUGUCUUCUGUCUAGAAGUGUCAAUACGAUUGAAGGGAGACAAUCAGAAAUCGAGGAUAUUAUUCCAUAAUAAAAAUAUCCACAACGGUGUGGAGAAUUGCAGCAGGUAUUAAAUAACGUUCACGUAUUAUCUUUGUUUGACAUGCAAGUUGGUUUCCUUUGUAUGUUUUCGUGUUUGAUUUUACGAUUUAGAUGUAUUAUCUUAGUCAGGAUUACUUGACUUGAACUCUCAGAAGUUCCAUUGAAAAUGCCAUUGGUCAUUUAGAAACGGUUGGCAAGUCUCUGUGAAGAACGAAAUUCCAUUUCCUUAAUUGAUUAUUCGUCACUGAACCGUGGUGAUUGUUAGAAGCUCAUUGUUUUGAACUCUCAGAACUUAUGGGUUUUCUGUUAUCUUUCACAGAAGGAAGAUCUUCGGGCUGUGGUUAACUAUUUGCGAACAGAAGGAAAUGUAUCUUUUAUUGGUUUAUGGGGGCGCUCCAUGGGUGCUGUUACCAGGUUUUCUUUGGACUAAAUUUGCUUUUCCUUUCUUCUUUGAUGGCUGUGUGUUCUUCACUUUACAUUUAUAGCUCUCAACUAUAAUCUGGUUGUUAUCUGUGAGAGGUACACAGCAUUUCAGUUCAUUGUUCAUCUCAGAUUAAAUACUGACUCUAGCACAUAAGAAAGCAGUGAAAAAACAAAUGAUUAUCUCCUUGUUCUUUAUCUCAAUUUUUUUCCAGAGGAAUAGGGCUACAUGCAUUCUCUUUAUGAAAGAGUGUCAUUAGCGUCUUAAGAAAUUUAGGCUUCUCUUCGGUUUUUGUUCUUAUUCUUAUCAUUCCAGGGGGAACUUUGUGGUUGUAAGGUUGUUGAUCUUGCUUAAAUGCCAUUUUUAAAAAUUAUCGGGAGGAGGAACUUUGGAAGCCACAUCCUUGAAUUUCUUAUUAGGUUGAUUUUAGGUGUUCUUCAUCUGCUUUGCAUGGAGAAGAAGCAUAGUAUUUCUGUUAGUUGACAAGUUAUAAGUCAUGCUUCUUUGAAAUGAUCACUCUAGUAUAUAUAACAGCACGAGAAAUCUAUUAUUUUUCACUGUUGACCUAAGCUAUGUCUAUGGUGUUCUUUGUGGCAAUUUCAUUCUUGCAGUUUAAUGUAUGGAGCUGAAGAUCCAUCCAUUGCUGGAAUGGUGCUUGAUAGUCCCUUCUCAAAUUUGGUGGACUUGAUGAUGGAACUUGUUGAUAGUUACAAAUACCCCUUACCAAAAUUCACGGUGAGUAUGAUACGUUAAAACACGAUUUUAAUCAUAUUAAGAUGUUAUACAGUAACAAAAUCGCAAUAAACACUCUAAUAUAAUGUAGACAUUGGAUAUCUGAAAUGAUAUUGGAUACACUAUGUGAUGUAAGAUAUUCUGAAUCUCGAAUCCUGAAUGUUAAUCCUAUUUUGUGAAGACAAUCGUAUUUGAAUCAUCAUAUAGUGUUACUGAUUGGAUUUCAAUCCAAGGAUUCACAUUUUAUGCCUGAAAAGAAAUAAUAGAAAAUAUCCUUCACAAUAGUCAUGGGUUUAAGGGGAUUUCCUCAAAUUUGUCCUUUGUUAUUACUAUUCGCUUUAUGAAAGUACAUUUGAUAACUGUAGAAAUGUCACCAGCAUACACAAGUAGUAUACAAGUGUUCAUGAUCUCAUGAAUUGGUUUUUUGACAAAUUUCUGUUCUCUAGAAGAAAGUCAUGUAACUUUGAUGGGGAAUAGUCAGAUGAUGGGUAAUAGGUCAAAUAAAAAUAUUUGUGAGUGGUUUGAGUUCUGUGCAUUUUCUCACGUACUUCAUCCAACUUUGUGGGCACGGCUGUGCAUAGAAGAGACCAUGUUUUUUUCAGAUCAUAAUUUAUGAAUCCAUUUUUAUUCUAUAAUUUUUGGACUUAUUCUGUAGUCACAAGAGUGUUGACUAAGUAAAUUUGUAGACCCAUCCCAACAUGGAACAGUCAGCACUCCUUAGGAUUGAAUGGGGUUGCCCCAGAUUGGUAGUUAAUGUGAGUAGCAUUGACUAGACAUUAUCCAAAAUCGAAUUCGAACUGGUUGUCAGUAUGGUUCGGUUGGUGGAUUGAAUUCAAUUGAAUUUGUUGUUAAAUAGGCCAAAUAUUUUUUUAAGGUUUUGUUGUCUGAUUUUCAUCAUCAACCUGUGUUGUGAUUAAACAUCUAUUAUAUUGGUCUGUUAUAAUUCAAUGUAAUUUUCUUUAACCUUCAUAUCAUAGAUUCGUUAUACGUUUUCUCUGUAGUAUCACUGAUUUUUACGCAGUAAAGGGUAAUGUUCUUUUGUCGUUGCAUCAUGGCUUGAUAUAUUUGUUCAGUUAAUGACUUGUACACCUGUCUUUAUGUGUUUAUCCAGGUAAAACUUGCAAUCCAGCACAUGCGCAGAGUCAUAAAGAAAAAAGCAAACUUUGACAUCAUGGAUCUAGACGCAAUUCAGGUUUAAUAUUUACUCAUGAGUAGCACUAGGAAGCUUUGGGUGGAAUAUCUUGCUUCUACCUUCUGUUUACAAAUAAAUUACCAAUCUAGGCAACGAAUCUGACGUUUCGUUUACUGUCAAAUUUUCUCUUCAUUUCACUUAGUUCCAUUUAAUGUUUACUUUCACCUCAUUUAGUACAUGUACGAAAUCCUUAUUUUAAGUGUUCUUGAAAUUGAAAUCAACAUUGUUCUAAAUAUUUUUUCUCAAUUUCACGUUUUUCUAUUUUGAAUAAUUUGUUUACAUCAGCUUUUGCUGGCACCAAGCUGCAUUUAACCCUUUAGAAAGUUGGAGAUUGAUUGAUUUCUCUUACUGAAAUCCCCAUUCUGAUGCAUAUGAGCACUUGUUGGAAUGGCUUUAAUGGGGUCAAUUCGAAACCAAAUCCUGAAUGGAAAAUAAGUUGUUGUAGUGCUCAACCUAUUUUCUUUGAAAGCAGGUCAAGAUAGGUCUUCUUUAAAUAUCUAGGAAAAAAGGGAUAUGGGUUUAUACCUUCAUAUAUUCUCAAAAGGAUUAUAUGAUAUCUUCAUAUGUUCUUAGAUAUCAAAAGACUUAUGGUCUCAUUUGCCAUCAAACACUUAUUUUACAGCGGAGAUUCUUUGAGAUGAGAGAAUUGGACUUCAAGAAAGAUACCAACGUUUUUGUCUGGUGCAGUCCCUUCUCCUCUAUUGUCAUCCUCUGUCUGACGUAUGUCUGGCGUCCAGUGUCCUCUUCCAUCCUCCUCAGUCCAACCUUUAUUUUGCAUCAGUCCGACUUCCUCUAUUUGCAUUAGUCCGAUGUCUUCCCUAAUUUGAAUAUCAGAGUCUCCCACAGUCCGCACCACUACCGUCUGUGUCAUUUGGCACUGUCCCUCCUCCAUCUGGUGUCGCCCUUCCUCUGUCUAGCAUAGUUCUCUGUCUGGCAUCAUAUCAAGCAUGCCAAGGUCAUCUUGUGCCAUUCAACACCAUCUUACAUAGUCCCGCAGUCUGGCAAUAUCUCAUGCAGUCUGACAUCAGAAGGCAUCAUUGUCCUAUGAAGCAUUUCUGCAAUGUCACAACCUAGUAGAAGAUGAGCUUUUCAACACUGUUACAGGGGGAAUUGUUGCAAUAACGAAUCGUCAUCAUCACAAGUUUGCUUUCCAACAAACGAAUACUUGUCAAUGACUUAGUCAAGAUGAACUUUUCUCAAGUUCAUCCUGAGAGAGAGUGUUGGAAGUUCUAGGUCAUUAGGAAUACUAUAACAGCCUGAGGGUAUUUUGGGAAGUUUUUUAGGGUUUCUCCUUACAUAAUGGGUGUUAGAAGUAAUUGAGUCAGUUUUUGUUGUUCCCCCCUCUGUCCUCCGUGACAGAGGUUAUUCUCUGUUUUCUGCAAAGGUCAAAGUGAGGAUAGGAGAAAAUAAAAAUCCCCUUGAGCUGUAUUUUCUUGCUGAAAUGUGAACCUUUGUAAUGGUUUCAAUUAUUCUUGGUACAAUGUUUAUAUUUUCUUUUCUUGUUUGAAUUUUAGUUAUAUUUCGUUAGUCAUGGUGGGCGUCAACGAGGUGAAGCCAGUUGGUUGAGGGAAGAAUUUGAUAGCAAAAGUAAAUGUAAAAUGGUUUUUAUCCCAAAUUUAUCAGCUUGAGGGAAACAUUAGAAUGAUGCUUUUACAUUUUGAUUGUUUUGUGAUGUUGAUGUUUUUUUUAAUGAUCAUAUAAGUCUGAUCAUCCUGUCUGUAGGUGGCGAAAUGUUGUUUUGUACCUGCUUUACUGGGGCAUGCAACUGAUGAUGAUUUCAUCCGUCCUCAUCACUCAGAUCUCAUAUAUGAUGCGUAUGAAGUAAGGCCAUAUAUAUAUAUUUUUCGUUUUAGAUUUAACAUAUUUGCGUUUUUUGGUUGGCGUUGUGCUGUUUUAAUGUAUGUAAAUACAGACUGGUGUUUCCUUCUGUCCCUGGGUUUUAAUGGGCUAUAAAUAUUAAGCGUCCUUCCCUCUGUCCUUCCUUUUGUGUCAAGCACAAGAUAUGAUCUUUGGGACAUGAACUUGUAUGCAAGUGUUGGGCAUUGUCAGCAAUUAAAAAUAAGAUAUGAGCAAAACUGUUUCCUGCUCUGAAGGAAAAAAAAUUCAGAGCUUAUUUUUGUAUCUUCAGCAUAUUGGCAGGAUUGUCAUUCUUAUAAUAGGCAGAUAUUUAUGUUUUGUUCAGGACCAACCUUUGGAUCAAGUUUCAAACUUUCGAGACGUAUUGAAGAUCUGUAGGCAUGACUUAUUUUAAGUUGUGAAGAUGUCCUCUAAAUGGAGUUCAAAUAGAAGCAUAUCCCUUGUGUUGAAGUAGUGAGGCCAGGAAGAUUUCUUAGUCUACUCUGCAUCGCAAGAAAUUGAUGAAAUAAACAACUAGGCCCGAAAGGGUUAGUUUCAAAAGUUUGCAACUUUCUUCCAUAAUGGUGACAUCAUCCUAUUUAUCAACAUCAUUGGCUUCACAGUGAUGUGGUUGCCUAUGCUGUUUGUGCUCGUUCUCAAUUUUGUGAUGCUAAACGUAUAUCAGUAUACCAGUUGUUUGGUCAAAGUCUAUCAGAUCUUCCUGUUCCACAUAGCCAUUAAAUAUGGGAAUGAAAAUUAGAUUUUGCUGAUUCCAUCUGUCCAGAAUUAAAUUUGUAUGUGAUUUAGAAAUUAAUCUAGGCUUAUAUCACAGAGAAAGAUAUUUUCCUCGAUGAUAGUAAAUGAAUAUGUGAAUGAUUGAUGGGCUUAUAUCACAGAUGUAUUGUUCUGUGGUAUUCAACUGAGGGUCCAUGUCAUAACCUGUGUUUUCUGCUAAUUUCUCCAAUUCUUUUAUGUGACAGUUUUAUAUCCAUCAUUAGAUGCAUCCCCCGUUAACUUUUUACUUUAUCUGCUUUAUAAUUCUAUGAUUAGAUUUGGUUAAUCUCUUCCAUGUGUUUAUAAAGUUCGUCAUACUGUCAGAAUAUGAUUAUUAUAUGCUUAAAUCUCUCACUUGGAUAAUGAAAUCUGUUCGUAUAAAUAUCACGUCACCAGAUAAAUAGAUUGGCUGUCGUACUUUGUAAGUUGUUUUUGAGCCUUAAUUUCUUGUUGCUAGUUAUUGAAGAACAUGAAGAGACACGACUGAUUGCUUUUUCUUAUGUUUGAUUGGAUGUAUAUUUUGCAGGGAGACAAAAAUAUCAUUAAGUUUGAUGGAGAUCAUAACUCUCCACGACCACAGUUCUAUUUUGAUUCAAUAACAAUAUUUUUCCAUAAUGUAUUGAAUCCUCCAGAGUAUGGAUUUGAUGAGCAUUCCCUUCAGACCGUCCACGACUAUAUUGAUCAGGUAAAGUUGCCCUUGCAGCAUACUCGAUUGACAUAGGCAACGGGCUGAAUUCUUCUCUCAGAUAGUUUUUUAUUCCUGUAGGAUAAUUGGGAGACAGUAGUCGGGGUGGAUUAUCGUGAUGAGAGCUCCACACAAUUACCUUCUGGUGAAACUCGAAAACCUGUAUUGUAUAACUCUCCCGUGGUAAACCUUUUUCUUAUAUCCUUUCUUGAAUUGAUUCUUUGAGCUGCAGAACUUGGAACGAAUGCUACAGUGGCCGCCAUCAAUCUUGUCAGGAUUAGAAGACCCAUGAGUCGUACUGAGGUUUGUGGCUAUAUUGCUUAAAAUUAUAGCUCGUUGGCAUGCAUAUUUUCCGGUCAGUGUAAUAGUUCAUUAUUUAUCUACUUUUAUUAUAUUUGCGAAUUUCACUGAAAAGUCAGAAGUGGUAUUGGUUAUUAAAGGCAUCUACUUUAGGUAAGUCUUGGGCUAGUCUUCUGUCAGGAUUCAUGUAUCUUUAUCUUUUGGAGUGCACGGACACCUCCCUUAGUUUUCGAACUUUAAAAGUGCUGGAUGUAGAGAAGUAAAACGCUUUUUACUACCAGUGUUACCUUCAGGUGACUCCUUGUUCAUGUAGUCGUCCAUGUAGCCUCCUUUGUUACCUUCAGUUUGGAUGUGACAAUCCUCGCCAUGAGUUUGGUGGAUUGAUAAUCUAUGUAGAAAUACUGCAUAAAGUAGUGUUUACGAUAUAACUUUGUAUUUUAUUCCAGAGAGUAUUGCAACUAGCUGCUUUGAAAGUGGUUAAUUUUCUUUUAGCAAUGAAAAUGAGCCACCUGGAAAAUCUGCGCAUGGUAUUAUACAGAUUCAUAAGUGGCGCGAAACAGAGCAUUAAUCCAUUAAUCAUUGAAAAUACUACGAAAAAAUCUGGUCCUUCAAAUAUGUAGCCAGACAAGAUAAAAAACUCUGGACUUUAGAUCACAGGUUACCAGAACUCUUUACCAUAGCAUGAAAGAUUUUCUCUCUUUUAUCAGAUGCUGUAUAUGAAGAUCUACCGACUUGGUGGGCGCUUUCAGUCAGAUCCAGAUUACCAAUGAGAGAAAUAUAAUGACAUGGAAAUGGAAUGUCACUGAUAUUUAGAUUUCUUCUAUGAUGAUUGUUCUACAUUUUCGUAGAAUGAUAUGAUCCAGUGUAAGUAUUGGCUCACCAUUGUCAGCUUCCCUAGGAAAGUAUCUAUUUGAAGGCUUACUUAUUUUGGAUAAAAUGAAGAAGUAUCACUUGCUAUGAGAUCUGCUUAUCUUCUGAUAUUACAUGGAAUCCGUUAAAUGUAUUUUUUUAUUGAAUUGAUCUUAAUCCCUCUAACUUCAUUUGAGAAUUUUGGGAUAAGGUAACAUCAGUAAGUCCUUUGACGGAAGGUUAUUCCAGUAAUAAAAAUCUUUUCAUGAUGGAAUAUUUUUUCAUGGUCCACUUAGAAAACAAUGGGAUAUUAAUUUAAGUCCCAGCAUGAAAAGAAAAUUCCCAUACAGAAUCGGUAGACCAGAAUGCAUUUUGGUUGUGGGAGUAUCUUUAACUACAUCAUAGACAUGGAUUUUCCAUUGAGCUGAUAUGUGAGUAAACAUGCACACCACUGAUCCCUUUGUUUGAUCAUCUUGAAUUGUAGAUUUUGAUUUGUGAAUGCAUAGGAAUGGUAGGUUUGUUAAUAUAAUCACGACUUAUGUUAGUCAAUUUAUGCGUUUGGAUCUUAUCUUUUCCAGGUUCCCCAUGAUGCUCAUUUGCUAAAGCCAUCUGAAGAUAAGGUAUGAUUUCACAAUCCUAACCAUCCUGAUGUUAAUUUUUUUUGCUUACCAUGUUCAAUCUAAAAAUUAUCAUGCUCCGUUCACGUUUGAUGCUGUCUUUCUGUAAUAAUAUAUUUUUGGAUUUUCGUAGUCCAAUCACUGAGUGUCUUAAUUGUUGCAGGACGACACCAAUGGAAAUGACGUUGGUCCAUCAUCAUCUCAGUCAACAAGUUUUGAUCUCUCCAAUGGUCACUCCCAUGGCUCACAUAUGCCCAGUAUAUCUGAUGAUGGAUUUAUGACAUACUCAUUCGAUGCCUUAUCAGAUGUUCCAAGUACAAUGGAAGAGGAAGAAAGGGUGAGAUAACAAUCUUUUCUUUCUUUCCCUUUCUCACUCUGUACACAGAUUUAAGUUUUUCACCUUUCAAAUCCGAAAUUGGCAUAAAGCUGGUAAAAUCUUGUUCCAUCUGCCAUUUUUAGUUUCUUUUUCUUUUUUUCUUUUUUUUUGGCUUCAUUGUUUCACUGAUAGGAGACUUUCUUGGACGGGCUUGUGUUUGAAGUCAUCAUUUAUCAGCAAGUCAGCUUCAUAUGAUUCAUAUCAGAUCAGAAUAGUUGACCAAGUAAUCCAGUCCAAAUGUGAUAAAUCCCUUCAAUCAGCACAGAUAUCGGCCAAUCAAUGCAGCCCCAUUCUAAGACUGUUAUUGCCGGGGGCCGCUGAUUCUGUCGUUGAUUGACCUUAUUCCAAUUUCCUUUUGAUAUCUACUGGGGAUACUGGAGCUUCCCUUUCUUCUUUCAGCAACUACUGGUUAUCUAAUAUUAGCAUGUCAGCCAUCCUGUUUAAGCCUUGAGAACUCCAAAGGAUUCAAUACGAAGCAAAUGGGCAUAUGUCACACAUCCUCUCUCUCUAUAUGUACAUGUGUGUUGUGUGUGCAUAUGGGGCAUAGUCGAGUAGCUCAGUUCCUUUCGUGACACUCUUGAGUUGACUUUUUUCGGUUGAACCUGCAGAUGCUAAUGGAAGCGGUGAUGGAAUCUUUGCGAGACCUGGAGAUUCAACACACUGAAGGACAGCGGCUUCCCGCACAGAGUUCUUCAGAUUCCGCUUCUAACACACAGCCCAACGAACUGCCGACGACAGGUGGGUGUUCCCUUGCACGUAGCCCUUCCAAUAUAGGGGAUGAUGGGCCCAAACAAUGUUCAGAAGAGGGCGGUGCUGAUGAACCUCCCAAGCCCGCCCCGUUGCUUCUGGCCCUGCCAUCUGGCGAUGAGCCGGGAAGCACCCAUGGCUCUGCUGAGGGUCCCAUGAUGUUGAGGGCCCAACAGAAGGAUGAUGGUUUCAGUUCAUCUGAGCACACUGACGAUAUAUCAGCUAGGACCCAGGCGACCAUAGUUGUUCAGAAGAAUCCCUCCGGGAACCCUCUGGACGGGUUGAUGCAGAGAUGGGGGAGCUUCUUUAGGAACAAUAAAUAG